CUGUUAACGGUUACUUCUAAAUUCUCCAACCUGUCUCUCUCAUAAAACCCACAAAAAAAUUCCCAAAAUCAUCACAAACCCAUCUCCAAUUUUCGAUCUAAAAUCCCAAUCCAAACUCUUUCUUCAAAACCCAUUUCUCAGAAUCACGAAACUCACAAUGAAGAAGCAAAAAUCAACCAAUGAAUCUGUAUUCAACAACAACAACAACCACCACUUUGAUUAUCUCUCUGAAGAAAUCGUUUUCGCAAUCCUUGAUGGCCUCGAUGAAAACCCAAUUGACAACAAGUCAUUCUCUCUAGUCUGUAAAUCGUUCUACGCAAUCGAGUCUCGCCAUCGCAAAAUCCUGAGACCCCUUCGCUCCGAACACUUGACCAAGGUUCUCAAUCGGUACCCGAAUGUGACCCGUCUCAAUCUCUCUCUCUGCCCUCGAAUCACAGACACCUCGCUCUCGAUUAUAUCCACUGCUUGUAACGAAACCUUGAGGUCGAUCGAUCUUUCGAGAUCCAAGUUCUUUUCCCAUCUGGGUUUGUCGAAUUUGGUGACGAAUUGUUCGAAUUUGAUCGAGAUUGAUCUUUCGAACGCGACGGAGUUGAGGGAUUCGGCGGCGGCAGCGAUCGCCGAGGCUAAGAAUUUGGAGAAAUUGUGGUUGGGGAGGUGUAAAUCGAUUACGGAUAUUGGGAUUGGUUGUAUUGCUGUUGGGUGUAGAAAAUUGAGGUUGAUUAAUCUGAAAUGGUGUUUGGGUGUUGGUGAUUUGGGUGUGGGUUUGAUUGCUGUUAAGUGCAAAGAGAUUCGGAGUUUGGAUCUCUCUUACUUGCCGAUCACAAAGAAAUGCUUAUCAUCGAUCUUGAAACUACAAUAUCUUGAAGAUUUGGUUCUGGAGGGAUGUUUUGGAAUCGACGAUGGCAGCCUUGCAGUCCUCAAACAAGGGUGCAAAUCACUAGAGACGCUCGAUAUGUCAAGUUGUCAAAAUGUUAGUCAUGUGGGCUUGUCUUCUCUAACAAGUGGUACUGGAUGUCUACGGCAACUUAUAUUAGCAUAUGGCUCGCCUGUCACUCUUGCUCUCGCUGAUAGCUUGCAAAAGCUUUCCACACUGCAAUCAAUUAAACUUGACGGUUGUCUGGUUACAUGUUCUGGACUAAAGGCCAUUGGAAAUUGGUGCGUGUCACUGAGGGAGUUAAGCUUAAGUAAAUGCACGGGAGUGACAGACAAAGGUCUUUCCUCGCUGGUGACAAAACACAAAGACUUGAGGAAGCUCGACAUCACAUGUUGUCGCAAGAUAACCCAUGUUUCAAUUGCACACAUUACAAAUUCAUGUACCUUGCUCACAUCCCUUAAAAUGGAGUCAUGUACCCUCGUACCAAAAGAAGCUUUUGUCUUGAUUGGACAGCGUUGCCAUUUUCUUGAAGAGCUUGACCUUACAGAUAAUGAAAUUGAUGAUGAAGGUUUGAAGUCCAUCUCGAGAUGUUUUAAGCUCUCCAGCUUAAAACUUGGGAUCUGCCUUAACAUAACUGAUGAUGGGCUUAUACAUAUUGGCAUGUGCUGCUCAAAACUCAUAGAGCUUGAUUUGUACAGGUCAGAAGGGAUAAAGGACACCGGCAUCCAGGCAAUUGCUCGUGGUUGCCCUGGCCUUGAGAUGAUUAAUCUCGCCUAUUGUAAAGAUAUUAGCGACAGUUCCUUGUUAUCAUUGUCGAAAUGUUGGAAGUUGAACGCGCUUGAAAGUCGAGGAUGUCCCCUCAUUACAUCUUUCGGCCUAGCAGCUAUUGCCACGGGAUGUAAGCAACUCACCAAGCUAGACAUAAAGAAAUGCUACACCGUUAAUGACGCCGGAAUGAUUCCACUUUCUCACUUUUCCCAAAACCUCAAACAGAUAAAUUUGUCGUACAGCUCAGUCACAGACGUGGGGCUUUUGUCGCUUGCUAGCAUCAGCUGCUUACAAAGCAUGACUAUCUUGCACUUGAAGGGGUUGACUCCAAAAGGACUCGCAGCUGCGCUAUUGGCAUGUGGAGGGCUUACAAAAGUGAAGCUCCAGGCCUCCUUUAAAUCGUUGUUACCACCACCUCUUUUCGAACAUUUAGAAGCCCGUGGCUGUUCUUUUCAAUGGAGAGAUAAAUUGUUUCAGGCUGAAUUGGAUGAUUCGAGGUGCUGGAAACUACAGUUGGAAGACAUACGACUUCUUUGAAGCUUUGGGUCAGGUUGGGAAGGUUAGGCUUCCUCUUCAGUGCACAACCACUCUGAAAAAUUCGCUGAGUUGUAUUGGAAAUUAGGGUUUGUUCCCUCAAUAUAUAUAUUUAUAAAAAAACUUGAUGAAGUAAUGUUGAGCAGCUCUCCAAAACAAGAGCUGUAUGCAAGGAAUCCGUAAAAUUCGUAAUCUGAUCCAGUUCGGUUCAAUCCGAUAGGUUUAGAUUAGUUUUUUGAAUCUGUGAUUUGGUUCCAAAUUGAAGAAUUAAAAAUCCGUAGUGCACGGAUUGGUUUCGGAUUGAACCCCAUGUUUCCAGAUUGGAACCGAUCCGGACCGUAUAUAAAUAGUCUAUGUUUUUAUUAUACA